AUGUCUAUGAAAUGGACUUCAGCUCUCCUGCUGCUUCAACUGGCUUGUAACGUUAGCUCUGGGAGUUGUGGAAAGGUGCUGGUGUGGCCCACUGAAUACAGCCAUUGGAUGAAUAUAAAAACAAUCCUGGAUGAACUUGUUGAGAGAGGUCACGAAGUGGUUGUUCUGACAUCUUCAGCUUCCAUUCUUAUUGAUCCCAACCAACCAUCUGCCAUUAAAUUUGAGAUUUAUCCUACAUCUAUCUCUAAAAAUGAUUUUGAAAGUGCUUUCAAAGCUAUACUGGAUGCUUGGACAUAUGAUCUGCCUAAAGACUCCUUUUGGUCAUACUUUGCAAAAGUACAAAAUAUCCUUUGGAGUUAUUUUGAUGUUAUUCAACAGUUUUGUGCAGAUGCAGUCAAGAACAAGAAACUAAUGAAAAAACUCCAAGAAUCAAGAUUUGAUCUCAUUCUUGCAGAUGCCAUUGGACCCUGUGGUGAUCUGCUGGCAGAGAUGCUUAGAGUACCUUUUGUGUACACUCUACGCUUCACACCUGGAUAUGAAUUUGAAAAGCAUGUUGGAAAACUUCCAAUCCCACCUUCCUAUGCACCUGUUGUUUUGUCAGAAUUAAGUGAUCAAAUGACAUUCAUGGAAAGGGUAAAAAAUGUGAUAUAUGUGCUCUACUUUGACUUUUGGUUCCAAACAAUAAAUCACAGGAAGUGGAAUGAGUUUUACAGUGAAAUACUGGGGAGACCCACUACAUUAGCUGAGACCAUGGGGAAAGCUGAAAUGUGGCUCAUUCGAACCUACUGGGAUUUUGAGUUUCCUCGCCCAUUCUUACCAAAUUUUGAGUUUGUUGGAGGACUCCACUGCAAACCUGCCAAACCCCUGCCUAAGGAAAUGGAAGAGUUUGCACAGAGCUCUGGAGAAAAUGGUAUUGUGGUGUUUACUCUGGGCUCAAUGGUCAGUAACAUGCCAGAAGAAAGAGCGAAUGCAAUUGCAUCGGCCCUAUCCCAGAUUCCACAAAAGGUUCUAUGGAGAUUUGAUGGCAAGAGGCCAGAUACCUUAGGGGCAAAUACACGACUGUAUAAGUGGAUCCCUCAGAAUGACCUUCUUGGUCAUCCUAAAACCAAAGCCUUCAUAACCCAUGGUGGAACCAAUGGCAUCUAUGAGGCGAUCUACCAUGGUGUCCCGAUGGUGGGCAUUCCCCUGUUUGCAGAUCAACCUGAUAAUAUUGCUCAUAUGAUAGCAAAGGGGGCAGCUGUCAGAGUGGACUUUGACAAACUGUCAAGUACAGACUUGCUCAACGCAUUGAAGAAAGUCAUUAACGACCCUUCGUAUAAGGAAAAUGUUAUCAAAUUAUCAAGGAUACAGCAUGAUCAGCCAAUGAAGCCUCUGGAUAGAGCGGCCUUCUGGAUUGAGUUUGUCAUGCGUAAUAAGGGAGCCAAGCACCUGCGGCCAGCCUCCCAUGACCUCACCUGGGUCCAGUACCACUCCUUGGAUGUGAUCGGGUUCCUGCUGGCCUGUGUGGCAACUGCUGUGUAUAUUAUCACAAAAUGUUCUCUGUUUUGUUACCAGAAGGUUGUCAAAACCAGAAAGGACAAAAGGGAAUAGUUGCUUCUCAGUCCUGAAGCUGGUAUGUCUCACACAGGGUUCUCUAGUUUAUUCCUGCAAGGAAUUGAAGUA